AGACCUCUUUCCUUGUCCCUUUAUAAAAGGGACAUGCCUCCUCCUGUCGUCCAUGAUCGUUUUGCCUCCUCUUGAUCCCAUCAAAUUGCCUUUCUUCCGACCUGCCCAUCACACUGCCGCCGUUCUCCCUCUCUACAUCCCAUCCUGAUCUCGUUCACUCGUCACUGCCUAGCUUCUACCUGCAACCUAGCAAGCCAUAUAUACCUCCAUCCGGAUCUCGAGCACAAGCUCCUCUCGGUCCCAUGUCUGCCAUCUACAUGAGCCAGCUCUCCACUGCCCUCCCUCUCAUGGAGGGAGAUCACCACCAGGAUCACCACCACCACCAAGGUCAUUUCCAGGCAUUCAACCUGCCCAAGGAUCCCCCAAUCCUGUUCCCCUUUGUGAUCAGCAACAGCAGCGCCAGCGACAGCAGUCUGAGCUACGGAUCCGGAGACCAUCAUCACUUGUUCAGGCAGCAGAAUCAAGCUAUGCUAGAGCCCCAACAUAUGAUUGGGGUAUCAUCAGCAGCGAGUGUCUUCGCGACACCGUUCCCGACUGUGGAGAGCAUCCGGGACGACAUGAUCGAGCCGUCCUCAUACGAUCCAUACGAUAUGGGGAGGCUCCAGGUCGGCGGAUCACUGGAGACUGCGGGGAGCUGGACGACGCCACCGGCCAAGAUGAGGAUCACGAGGAAGGCGUCGACCGAUCCCGGUGCGGCGAAGAAGCCCAGGAGGAAGGUACAAGGGUACGAAGACAUGAUGGGCACCAGCGGCCAGCCUAAUUUGGGUGUUAAUAGGGUGUGCUCCGACUGCAACACCACCAAGACGCCCUUAUGGAGGAGUGGUCCUUGCGGUCCCAAGUCGCUCUGCAACGCAUGUGGUAUCAGGCAGCGGAAGGCGCGGCGGGCGAUGAUGGCCUCCGCCGGCGGCUCCGGGCCAGCGCCCGCCGACGGCGCCAAGGCAGCCACGGCCACGCCCAGGGACGCCAUGGCCGCAUCAGUACAUCACCCGAAGGUGAAGAAGGAGAAGAGAAUAGACGUGGACCGGUCGCUGCCGUUCAAGAAACGGUGCAAGGUGGUCCAGGAUCACGCCCCCGUCGCCGCUCCUCCUGCCGCCGCUCACAAGGCCGCCGCCGUCCCGCCCACCGGCGAGGUUGUCGACGCCAGCGGUCUGAGCAGCAGGGACCUUGUCGACGACAUUGGUCUCAUCAGCUGGAGCAGGAGUCCCGCUCCCCCAUCUUCCGCUGCCUCCUGCAGCUUCCGGUCAUCGCCGGGCUUGCCGGUGCAGCAGGACGAGGUCACGGACGCCGCCAUGUUGCUCAUGACGCUGUCCUGCGGGCUUGUCCGGAGCUGAUGAUCUACCGAUCUGUCUACAAGGCACGAUUAACCAGCACCGUGGGCCUUUUGCAGAGCUUAGCUAGUGCCUUUGACUGUUAGUGCGUGUUACCGUCGUCUACCUUCCGAGAUGUAGUGUUUUUUUGGAUUCUUGUCCUUGUUCCCAGUGUAACCCGUGUCACUGUUCGAGUCAUGUGAUUCGUUCGCGUAUGAGAGAGAGAAGAGUGGAGAAGAUAGGAGCGAGAAGAUCACGAGGGAAGUAAUAAAAGUGAAAUCGUGAGAUUAGCAUCUAGCUGGAAGUAUAGCUAGGACGAUAUAAUUGCAUGUAGUGUGAGUUUCAGUUUUUAGCAUAUAUGCUGUGGCUAUAACAUGGUCGCUGGCUGUAUUUUUGUUCUUCGUUUUGGUUGAGUUUCUUGUAUUGGAGCUAAAAAUAAUAGCAAUAUAUAUGGAGAGAGACCUGAGGUGUGUUUUGCUGUUCA